AUGGCGGAAGCGAACUCGUACGAGGAGCAGCGCCGGCGGCAGAUGGAGGAGAACCGCCGGAAGCUCGACGAGCUGCGCCUGCACCACCUCUCCGCCGCCGUCCGCGAGGCCGCCGCCAGGCCCAACCCCAACCCCAACCCCAAGCCCAAGCCGAAGCGGAAGGCCCCGGAGCCCGGCGAUCUCCGGCGGUCCGGCCGCGUCGCCGGCCUCCCGGAGCAGCCCGACUACCUCGAGGGCGCGCAGCACCGCGACGAGCAGGGGGUGUACGCCGCAUACGACGCCCGUAUUUGGAAAGGACCGACCGACGAGGAGAGGGCCGCCGCCGUCGCCAGGGCCGAGGAGCUCCGGCGCCGGAUCCACCGCAUUCGCCGGCCCGCCUUCGUCAAGACCUUGACCCACGUCUGCGCCAGCAGGGCAAAACUGAUGAUGAUCCCGAAGCACUUCAUCGAGCACCUCCCGGCGCACGAUGAGGCGGUCGUCUUGGUGGAUGAGGCGGGUGUCGAGUUCCACAUGCUGUGCAAUGCCAGCAAACAGGGCAUCUGCUACCUCAGCAAGGGGUGGAGAGAGUUUGCCGUCCACCAUGACCUUGAAAACGGCGAUUGCUUGGUUUUCCAGCUGAUAGAAAGCGCAAAGUUCAAGGUCUACAUUUUCAGAGCAAACCCAGACUAUGAAAGCAAUGAAACUUCCGAUGACUCUGAGGAUGAACAGUAA